AUGGCAUUGCUUGGGCACAGUAGGACCAAUGCCAUACCAAUAAUCGGGAAAAUUCCAAUAGAUUCUGAAUUUACUGAUGAAGAAUAUGAAAAUGCGUCGAAUUAUUACGACGAUAACAGGCAUUUCCUAGCGCGAGUUGCAAUUAACACAUCUAUCAUACUAUCCAUCAUGGUAUCACUCUCCGCAUCCCUAAGGAUGUGGAAUUUGGAUAGAUCUAAUGGGCAGAAUCUGAGACCGAAUAACUACGUAUUAAUGACGUUUGGAUUUUCACUGCUAUGUUUGAUAUUUAUGGUACUAAUUAACUUGUUUUACACGAGAAUUUUGGAAGCAACCAAGGCUAAACCUUUGCUUUCCUCCUUUCACCCCGCCCCAAAGCAUGAAACCCACUCUUAA